GUCAAAUUUCAGCCGCCACUUUGACAAGUCACACUCCAGUGAACAGCGGAUAACUCCCGUCACCGGACAAAGUUGCCCGUUUUAACUCGCUGUUGUGAGGACAGUCUUAUACCUACUUUUACCAAUUGAACAGUCACGAUGAGCCACAGAUUUAAGAAGGCGCUCUUCCAAACCACUGCAUCCCACUGACCUGCAGUAAGCCAUUCUGGUCAAUACUUCCACACAUACCGUUCAAAUCUCACUCCAACUUUUCCUGGAGCGAAGCCUCCUCGCCAAACAUCGACUGUCCGUCUCUUUCAUCAGUUUCAUCAGCAAUUUAAAGCGCUGGUUGCUAAGAGAUGAGAUUCAGCGGCAGUGGUGAAAAGCUCUGAUGCACAGCAGCCAAAAGUGUGACCUCUCGCCCAUCUCUUUCACCUCCUCUGGAGACCUCCAUGCUUUCGCUAUGACUUCAACUGCUUCGCCGGUUCGAACAGCAGGGAGAAGAAGAGGGAGCAGCUUCAAGUUAGAGAAUGGCCGCAUUGAAGAAAACACUUUACAGGAGAAAACCUUUGAGUUUUUCCAGCUGUGUGACAUUGAGAACAAGGGCUUCAUCACCCGGCGGGACAUGCAGCAGAGGCUGAGCGGGGAGCUUCCUCUCAGCGUAGAGGAGUUGGAGAACGUGUUUGACACACUGGACUCUGACGGCAACGGGUUCCUCACCCUGGAAGAGUUUUCAUCCGGCUUCAGUAAAUUCUUGAAUGGCCAGAACAUUGCGCCGGACGUGAACAUGAAUGAGGGCUUUAAAAGUUCUCCAGAGGUUCUGUACCAGUCCCAGUGGGAGGGGAGUCUGGCUGCAUCAGAAGAUGAAGAGGAGAAACACUUCUGUAUGCUCAUGGAGAACCUGGGAGCCAACAGCGUGUUUGAAGAUUCCGCUGAGGUGCGCAGUCUGUGGGCACAGCUGCGUCGAGAUGAGCCACACCUUCUGUCCAAUUUCGAGGACUUUCUUGCACGUGUGACGUCUCAGAUCAUCGUGGCCAAUCAGGAGAAGAGUGAGAUGGAAAGCGCUCUCAAAAGAAAAGCAGCCACGCAUGACGAUGAGAUCCAACGUCUGUAUGAGGAGAUGGAGCAGCAAAUCAAGAAUGAGAAGGACAGAGUGCUACUGGAGGAUUACAAGCAAUUUCUGUCCCGCAGCCAGACCCUCGAGCAUCAGCUGACCAACAAGGAAAAGGAACUAGAGCAGCUUUUUCAUAAACAAAAGAGGCUGGAGAAUCAGUGUGAAGAGCUUCACAGCGAGCAGCACGAGACCAGAGUGGAGAACGUGAAACUGAAGCAGACCAAUGACGAGCUGGCCAGAGAACUGGAGCUCACCACGCAGGAGCUGGUGCUGGCUCAGGAGCAGCUGAGCGUUCUGCAGGACCAGUCGGCACGGCUUCACGAGGAGAAGGAGAUAGAGAUCUACAGGCUGACGGAGGGGCUCCAGCGUGAGAGGGCCAGCCUUCUGAAGCAGCUGGACCUGAUGAGAGAAGUGAAUAAACAUCUGCAGGAUGAGAAGGACAUUUGCUAUCAGAAACCAAAGAAUUCCAAGAAGCCCACUGUCGCCCAUCAGAGGGCGUUUUUAUCCAAACAACUCAGCAUCUGUAAAAGUGAAGGGCAGGAUCCGCCGUCACCCACCGUGAAGCAGAACCUUCAUAACGCUUCAUGUCUACCCUCCCUCUCGAAGUCACCGACAGGUUUCCUCCACAGGAUCAUCUCCAUUGAGGAGGACCACCUCCCACACCUGCUCCAGGUGGACCACCAUGCUGAGAGGUCACUGGAGGUCUGCAGAGAAGGGGAGGAAGUGGAGAAGGAGGAGAACUUUGAUCUGGAGAUGAGUGACAUUUGCGACUCCAUAGUUAAGCGGGCAAAUGAAGAGAGACCCCCUACUUCUCCACGAGGCCAACCUGUCGGGAAGGAGACCAGCAUGACUGAGGAGAGUCGACCUUCACCUCCUGAUCGCCUCUUCAAAAUCAUUCUGGUUGGGAACUCCAAUGUUGGGAAAACCUCUCUGCUCCGACGCUUCUGUGACGACUCCUUUGAGACCGGCACCUCAGCCACUGUGGGUAUAGAUUACAGUGUGAAGACGAUUAUGGUGGACCACAGCCAGGUGGCGCUCCAGCUGUGGGACACAGCAGGGCAGGAGCGCUAUCACAGCAUCACCAAGCAAUUCUUCCGAAAAGCAGACGCCGUGGUGGUGCUGUAUGACAUCACGUCGGAGCACAGCUUCACCGCCGUCCGUCAGUGGCUGACCAGCGUGAAGGAAGGCGCAGGUGAGGAGAUCACUGUGAUGCUUUUGGGAAACAAGACGGACAAAGACGCUGACAGACAGGUGGAGCGCGCGGUUGGAGAGCGACUGGCCAAGGAGUGUGGCAUGUCCUUCUCCGAGUGCAGCGCCUGCUCGGGACAGAACGUGAUGGAGUCGAUGCUGCAUUUGGCUCGGAUCCUGAAAGAGCAAGAGGACCGGGCGAAGGAGAAAACCAUCCAGCUGGUGGGAAGCUCCUCAGAGAAGAGAAGAUCCUGCUGCUGACAGAUAAUGCACAAACACACUCCGUGGCACUACUUUUUCCUCUCACAGCAGCUUUGCGUGAACACUGCGUGGACAAACAAUAGAUGUAUCCCACGACACGUACACUGAAACUUCACGCCCCAAAAAAUGGUAUAAAUGUCAUCUUUUUACAUUUUUAAAAUGAUUGUACACAAGUUUUUCUGUCAAUAAUAAUGGUUAUUAUUAUAUAACUCAAAAAUGCAACUAAUUUCAGAGGUAAUUCAAUGGACUCAUAAACUGUGAGAAUACUUGUCCCAAACUUGAUGUGUAUUUUUGAAUGAGUUUUAAUAUAUUGUUGUAGCAUCUGUUUCAUUGUUAAAUCUGUUAGUUUUUAAAAAUGUGCAGUUAAUUUUCCACUGUUGUUUGAAAAGUCACUAAAAGUGUAUCACUACUGUCGCCUUAAUGUAUGAAACAGAAAUUGUGUGAAGAAUAAAUAAAGUUGAUGUUGUUAAUAAUA